UCUCGCGCGUCGAGUUCAAGGUCAUUUUCAUCAGCUAGCUGCGCAAUGGACGCUCUUUCCGAGGCGCUGCAACCUUACAAGGAACUGGUCGGUAAUGUGGCCGGUAUCGUCACCGUGUUGCAGAUGUUCAGUGGAUGUUUCGUGUGCAACGACAUCCGGUUAAAGGGCAGCUCAGACGGAUUCUCACCGAUGCCAUUCAUCGGCGGCUGUGGGCUAACCGUUCUCUUUCUGCAGCACGCCCUGCUGAUGGGUGACCCGGCCAUGACGCGGGCAAACUUGGUGGGGUUUGCGAUCAGCUGCGUUUAUACUGCAUAUUUCUACCUCUACACACCGAAAGCCAGCCGAGGCGAGUUCUGGAAGCAGGUGGGAAUGUCCGGUGCGAUGGUUGCGUCGCUGAUGGUUUAUGCCCGGUGGGAAGACCCCGCUCUGGUCGAGGAUCGAUUCGGUUUGAUCAUCACCGGACUGAUGUUGAUGCUGAUUGCGCAACCACUGUUUGGACUUCCGGAAAUUAUGCGUAAGAAAAGCACCGAGGGGCUACCAUUCGCAAUGAUUCUAUCCGGUACCGUAGUCGGAUCGAUGUGGCUUCUGUAUGGAAUUAUAUUGAACAACACAUUUGUGAUUCUGCAAAACCUUACGGCACUUGCACUGAGUGCAGUGCAAUUGGCAUUGUUUGUGAUUUACCCAUCGAAGGACUCGAAGAAAAAGGCGCAGUGACACUUUGGUUUCCAAUGGCAACCAUCUUCAAAUAAAACAUU